AUGGACGCAUCUGCCCCGACCCGCCGAGCCCGCGUCCCGGCCUCUCCGCUCCGCGAAUCACGCACGUUCCCCGCCGCCCCGCCGUACCUGCUCCGGCCCGUCGAGCGCCAUCUUCCUUCUGCGGAGACCGCCGGCACCCGAGCCGCCCCGGCGCGCAAGCGCAGAAGCGGUGGCUUGGGACGUGUCGCCCCGGCCAGAGAAGAGUUCCGGGUCAAAGGGCGGGGCCCUGUAAGACCUGGGGACAACGUAGAGCGCUUUGUGACUACACUCAAAAUGGCGGAAAACCUGGCGCCGGGGACGCGGGGGACGCGAGCGGAAGCGGAAGUGCGCCUGCCGUCUCCACGCGCCGUUCCGAGUGUGCGGGCAGCGGCGCCGGGGCCGGCCCGCACGUGGCCAGUGCAGGGCCCCGAGCCCCGGGGGAGGCCUCCGGGCCAGGGGAGGGAGAGGGACAACUCUGGGUGUUUGAGUCUCUGUUCCUUUCGUAGGUUGCAGGUGGCUGCCAAGUUUAUGCCUGUGUCCAGCCUUAUUGUGGGUGUGGACUUGGUUCCAAUCAAGCCUCUCCCUAACGUGGUAACUCUCCAGGAAGACAUCACAACAGAAUGCUGUAGGCAGGCCCUGAGGAAGGAGCUGAAGACCUGGAAGGUAGAUGUUGUGCUGAAUGAUGGGGCCCCCAAUGUCGGGGCUAGCUGGGUUCACGAUGCGUACUCACAAGCCCAUUUGACACUGAUGGCUCUGCGUUUGGCUUGUGACUUUCUGGCACGUGGUGGCUGCUUCAUCACGAAGAUCUUCCGUUCCCGGGACUAUCAGUCUCUGCUGUGGAUCUUUGAGCAGCUGUUCCGCCGUGUCCAGGCCACUAAGCCCCAAGCCUCGCGCCAUGAAUCUGCAGAGAUCUUUGUAGUCUGCCAGGGUUUCCUGGCUCCUGACAAGAUUGACAGUAAAUUCUUUGACCCCAAAUUUGCCUUCAAGGAUGUUGAGGUUCAGGCUAAGACUGUUACUGAGUUGGUGAAUAAGAAGAAGCCGAAGGCUGAAGGCUAUGCAGAGGGUGACCUUACUUUGUAUCACCGCACCACCGUCACCGACUUUCUUCGAGCUGCCAACCCUGUUGACUUCCUUUCUAAGGCCAGCGAAAUAUUGCUAGACGAUGAAGAGCUGGCACAGCACCCAGCUACUACUGAGGACUUACGGGCAUGCUGUCAGGACAUCAAAGUGUUAGGGCGCAAGGAACUCAGGUCCCUGCUGAACUGGCGAACAAAGCUUCGGCGACACGUGGCCAAGAAGCUGAAAGAACAAGCAAAGGCCCUGGACAUCAGCCUCAGCUCGGGAGAGGAGGAAGAGGGUGCUGAGGAGGAGUCAGUGGCUGGGUGCACAAGGCAAUCCGAGGAGGAGGAGGAACAGCUGGACCAAACCCUGGCAGAGAUGAAGGCCCAGGAGGUGGCAGAGUUAAAGAGGAAGAAGAGGAAGCUGCUGCGAGAGCAGAGGAAGCAGCGGGAGCGUGUGGCACUCAAGAUGGACCUGCCUGGGGUUUCCAUCGCAGACGAGGGGGAGACUGGCAUGUUCUCCCUGCGCACCAUCCGGUGCCCCCAGCUGUUAGAGAAAGUUACACAAGGAGAUAUGGGCAUGGCAGACAUACUUCUGUCCACCCUGCCGAGGGAUGACAUCUAUGUGUCCGAUGUUGAGGAGGACGACAGCGAUGCCUCUCUGGACAGCGAUUUGGAUCCAGAGGAGCUGGCAGGAGAUGGGGGACACCAGGGUGUGGCGGACCACACGCAUGUGCCGUUGGGUGAAGCAGAAGAUGACAAGGAGGAGGAAGAAAAUCCGCUGCUGGUGCCGCUAGAGGAAAAGGCAGUCCUACAGCAAGAGCAAGCCAACCUGUGGUUCUCCAAGGACGGCUUCAGUGGCAUUGAGGAUGAUGCUGAUGAGGCUCUGGAGAUCAGGCAGGCCCAGCUGCUGCAGGAGAGCCGGCGGAAGAGACAGCCGCCGCCACCUGCCCGCACGAAGACUGAGGACACGUCUCCCCUGGGCCUGGGUAAGGCCCCUGGGGGGACAGAGGCCCCUUCAGCGACAGAAGUUGCCACUGGCCCUGAAGCCGAAGACGGAGGUGGCAGCUCGGACAGUGACAGCAGCAGCAGUGAGGAUGGAGAGAGCUGGGAACUGUCCUGCGGCAAGACGCGCAGCCAAAGGCCCAAACCGGAUGACCACGGGUUUGAGGUGGUGCCCAUCGAGGACCCAGGGAAGCGCCGGAUACUGGACCCUGAAGGCCUUGCUCUUGGUGCUGUUAUUGCCUCCUCCAAAAAGGCCAGGAGAGACCUCGUAGAUAACUCCUUCAACCGGUAUGCAUUUAAUGAGGACGAUGAAGAGCUUCCAGAGUGGUUUGUGCAGGAGGAGAAGCAGCACCGGGUACGGCAGUUGCCCAUUGACAAGAAGGAGAUGGAACAUUACCGGAAACGCUGGCGGGAGAUCAAUGCACGGCCCAUCAAAAAAGUGGCUGAGGCCAAGGCCAGAAAGAAAAGGAGGAUGCUGAAGAAGCUGGAGCAGACCAGGAAGAAGGCAGAAGCUGUGGUGAACACAGUGGACAUCUCUGAGCGAGAGAAGGUGGUGCAGCUGCGCAGCCUCUACAAGAAGGCUGGGCUUGGUAAGGAGAAGCGCCAGGUCACCUAUGUUGUGGCCAAGAAAGGUGUGGGCCGCAAAGUGCGCCGGCCAGCUGGCGUCCGAGGCCACUUCAAGGUGGUGGAUUCAAGAAUGAAGAAGGACCAGAGAGCACAGCAACGCAAGGGACAGAAGAGAAAACACCAGCGGAAGUGAGCAGGACUGCUAGGCCCUGGGAAGAGCUGGGACAAAGAGGAGCACCGCCCCGAUGGGUCUUGAUGGUCUUGCUGAGAUCGGUGAGCUGAGUGGCCCGGGGCUCCACAUGCAGAUCCCAGGCUGAGAGGAGGCUGUCCAGCCUGAAGGUAGCUCCCAUGAAAACACUGCCCUAUGGUGUUGACAGCCGUGACCCUCCCAUGAAGAAUGGGGGUGCUGGGUGAAAGCCAAACCUUUCCAAGCCUAAGAGGCAAUUUCGUGGUAGGUGGCAGUGUUGACUGCUCCGGCACUGGGCUCUUCCCUUCCCCCAGGAAUAAAAACCAGGAUGCCGAAGAUAA